AUGGGCAAUUGGACACACCUCAUCCGCUUUGUUGCGAAAGAAGACCAGCAAGUGCAUCUAGGCCAGCUCGUGGACACGAGCCGCGAUGUUGGUAGGGACUCAGUGGAAGGCACUGAGAUAAAGGCGUAUUUGAUCCGUGGAACGGUUUUCGACGGAAAGGUCAUCAGUGGCGUCGUGUAUACGGUUGAGCGGCUUCUCUCUCCUAUCUCUUCCUCCGAUUGCAAUUAUAUUCGAUGUCUAGGUUUGAAUUAUAAGGAUCAUGCGAAGGAGGGGGGGUUUGCAUUGCCCCAAGUCCCGGUUCUUUUCACGAAGCCGCGGACAGCUCUAGCCGACCCGUACCCAGCAUCCGUAACAAUCCCAAAGGUCGCACAAGAUGGUACGAGUGACUACGAGGCGGAGCUCUGCGUCGUAAUUGGACGAACAGGCCGCGACAUUCCCGAGGAAGACGCGUUGGACUACGUCUUAGGAUAUACAGGGUCCAAUGAUGUGUCGGCGCGCAAGCUGCAAUUACUUACAGCACAGUGGUGUUUUGCUAAAGGGCUAGAUGGAAGCUGUCCUCUUGGCCCCGUUCUUGUAGCGCCAAGUGCAAUUCCAGAUCCCCAAAAGUUAGCCAUCAAGACUAUGUACAACGGCGAAGUGGUUCAAGAUGGCCACACAAGUGAUAUGAUCUUUACUAUACGUCAGCAGAUUGCCUAUCUGUCGCAGGGCACCACAUUGGAAGCAGGUUCCAUUAUCUUGACUGGAACUCCAGCCGGUAUUGGCUUCUUUAGAAAGCCACCUGUCGUGCUUGAAGAUGGUGGUGAUAUCCGCGUUGAAAUUGAAGGGAUCGGAACUCUUGUGAACCGCGUGCGGUAUGACGAUGAUUGA